AGAGAUUACUAUCAUCAUCAUUAUUAUUAUUAUUAUUAUUAUUAUUAUUAUUAUUAUUAUUAUUAUUAUUAUUAUUAUUAUUAUUAUUAUCAUUCCCUGAGCAGAGCAAAAGGGUUCUAAUAUUGUUACCAAACAUCUCUACAACCCUCCACUCAACCUGGCCCCUGGAGGGUGGAAUGAUGAUUUAACCAGGAACACUUUUUGGUGUCUAUCACUUGAUGGCACAUCUUUUUUUUUUUUUUUAUGACAUUUCUCCGUCAGAUCCAUCAUUUUGCAGCAUUUUGCAUAGUUCAGUUUAUCAAGUGUGCAAAAUGCACAAAUAAUAUGCCAUACCUCACUUCAUAUACGUGAUAGCCAAUUUUGGUUGACACCAUCAGACUCAGAAGUGACUGUAGAAUAAAGAUGUAUGGAAAAAAUCUGACAAAACAAAAAAGGAAAUGGUAUUACGAUGAGCUGAAUUGUGAAGAUGUAAAAAAAAAAAAAAAAAAAAUUAAAACGUUUUACUUAUGCUCGCUAUUUUCAACAGGUAAUCAUUGAAUGCUGAAAUAUAUUAUUACAUUAAGUAGGAAAAUCUCUCAUGAACAUGAUAGUGAUCAGAAUGCAGAUAAAUCUCUACAUAUUGAAAAAUAAAUAAAUAAAUACAUAAAUAAAUAAAUAAUUUACAGGGAUAUGUCACUCGCUGCAACCAGCACGACACUUGGCGUGGCGCAUGCAGGCGGUCUCUUUAUGACCAGCAUGUCUGUGAUGUGUCUAAAAAUCAAAAUCCCCCCAGCAGCUGAAGAAAAGUCCUUUAAGUUGACCUGCACCUUAAAACACCUAUUACAUGUUUAUUAUUAUUAUUAUUAUUAUUAUUAUUAUUAUUAUUAUUAUUAUUGUUGCAAGUCCUACCCUUACCGUCUGUAUCCCAAAGCACAAGUGGGUGGCAGCUCAGUGUAGUUGUGGUGGAACACAGGGGAAGAAUAAUGGGAACCUUGUACCUCCUAUGAGCUCUCGUUAGUAUAGUCACUCACAUAACUUGUUACAAUGCAUACUAGAAAUAUAAGCACUGCCAUAUUUGCCAGCGCAUUAGACACAUUUUUUUUUUUUUUUUUUUUUUUUUUUUACUUGAAAAAGAGGUGUCAAAUAAUUAGCAUGCAUCUAAUGCGGCUGUAAUACAGAUGCCAAGGUCUUUAAGCCUAGGCCUAUAGCUGCAGAGUUGAAACAGUAAUACACUAAGCACAAAUAUUGUUACUAAUAAUACUACUAGUAAUAAAUCAUUGAAAAACAGCCAAAUUGUCACAAUCUAUUAGCACCAACUUCCUAAAAAAUUAUCGGACGUUAAUAAAGACGAAUUUAUUGGGAGAAAGAAGCUUGUUUCUCACUGUACCUCCUCUUCAGCAUAUGUAACCCACACCAGAUAUGUCUUACAUCAUCUAACAGCUGUUAUUUAUUGUUAAACAUUUAUAAUAUAUAUAAAUAAAAAAAAGUCACUUAGAAACAUUAUAAAUGUUACACGGAUAUUAAAACCACCUAAGCGGUCUGUAUGCAACUUGCAAUAUAAGAGUGGAUGAGAAACCAAAACAAUGGCACAGUGCUACAUGUGACACUUAUGUAAAUUAUUUUAUUGUAAUGAUUAUCUUGGUGAGUUGUUAAUGAUGGUUAUUGUGGUUAUGUUUAUAUUAUUGUUGCCUUCUUUAGUUUCACUCAUGUUUUGUCAUAUAACGAAGCUUCAGUGCUUCAUGCAUUAGUUUACUUCAUAGCUGUGUCUGCCCACCGAAUCAGUCAGCUCCUGGCCAGUACACAGUUUACUUCUGGCUACUAUAUACUGUUGCCUCAAUACAUUCCCAAGAAACAUCCUUGCUGGACUUCAUUUUACUCACUCCGUCACUGAAGUACUAUAUGAACCCCACAACUGUUAACCCCAGAGUAACACAAGUGACCAGAGUGACAGUGAUGAGGUGGGUGAAAAUGAAGAGCAGAGGGUGAAAGGUGAAGCACAAUAUGUUUCCAUCAAACCACCUCCAUUCUUGGAUUCAUCAGUGGAAGGAUGGUUCAUCAUAAUGGAAGCUCAAUUUCACCUACAAUGCAUCACUACAGAAGUGACUAAAUUCUACCACAUUUUAUCAGCAUUUACACCCAGGGUUGUUGGCCAGCUCUCUGUGGGAACGUUGAACUCAAGAUCUUUCAGGGAUGUGAAGCCUGAAGUGAUCCAGAUGUUUGAACAGACGAAGCUGGAGCUGUUUGAACAACUAAUCUCCACCGCAACGAUGACUGGAUGGCUGUCUGCCUACAUGAAUGAGUUACUCAUCUUCUCUAACAAGAUGUCUACCACCUGACAAACUGAAGACAGCGAAGGAAGCAUUCCAAAACUUGUUGAUUGCUGGCAUCAUUCACCCUUCAAGAUCACUGAGGGCAUCUCCUUUACACCUUUACUCCCAGGAGCAAGCCAGGAGAGUGGCAGGUCACUGGUGAUUACCGCGCCCUCAGUGCCAUCACCAAGCCAGAUCAUUAUCCUCUCCUGCGCAUAGUCUGUCUGAAACGAUAAUUACUCCCAUUGAGGUCUAAAGCACUGUUCAGGGGGUGCUGUGAACUUAUCAUUAAGCUCAGCUGUGACCUCACUGAACAUUUCCCUUUGUGUCUUACAACACAAGGGGGCAGUCACAGCCUGCCGUCUAAAAACAACUCUCUUCCUCCACACAAAACUACAAGCACCUAAUAACCCUUCACUCAAAAAUUUCAAAAUCAUCAUGGCGACUCCUACACCAGCCUCGGAGUUCCCAUCUAGGGAGGGGACCAUAAAUGUCCCUAGGUCGGACAGCCUUUCUGUUGACGACCCUAAGUGUCUUGACACCCCCUCAACUUUUUCUUCAUUAACUUCUGCAACAUUCGCAGUCUAAGAUCUAAUUUUCAAUCUGUAGAACACCACCUCUCCUCUUCUAAACCUCAUCUUCUUUUCCUCACUGAAACUCAGGUGUCUGAGGCAACUGACAGUAGCCCCUUUUCUGUUCCCUCCUACUUUCUCUAUCCUCAUUUUCGAUCCAAAGCUGGAUGUUGCGUUUAUCUGCACGAUGAUUUAACCUGCUCCCGUGUCCACACUCUUGAAUUUUCCGAGUUUUCCACCAUCUGCCUACGACUACAGAGUCACUUACAAACUAAAUUUAUCUGUGCUGUAUGUCUUUCACCUAACUCUUCUGACUAUAAGAAAUUCUUUGACUACUUAACUUCCAAAGUGAAGCACAUUCUGACUCUAUUCCCUUUUUGCAGAGAUCUCCAUUCUUUAUAGACUUCAGUGUUCACCACCAGCUUUGGCUUUCCUCUCUCUUCACUGACCAUCCUGGUGAACUAGCCUUCAACUUUCAUAUCCUCCACGACCUAGAGCAAUUGGUGCAACACCCUACUCGUAUUCCUGACCAUCUUGGAGAUACGCCCAACAUUCUUGACCUUUUCCUGACCUCUAAUACUUCUGCUUAUGCUGUCACCCUGUCAAUGCUGUCAAUGAUAGUAUGUAGGCAGCACAUCAUAAUGUUAAACCAUGUCGUCCGUCAUGUUCCUUGGUUACUGAUAUUAUUUCAUUGCUGUCUAUGUCGGAGUCAAAAGCAGUUUCAGGUAGAACAAUGGUGAUGCCUCAUUAUACUUGUCAUUAUCAGAUUAUCAGGAUAAUGGUAAAAAAGAAGUCUUUAUUGGAAGACCAACUAAAAAAAAGUACUUAAAAAGCAAUUAAAAAUCACGGAUUUUAGAGGAGCGUUAAUUCAUUUUAUCUAUUGUCUUUUUGACUGUGGGACUGGAUUAUACUUAAGACAGCUCCAUAAGGCCUUAUAAUUUUGUGUUUAUGGCCUUAUAAUUGUGUUGUUCUAAGACAAGUAGUGUGGUACUAUUCGCAACAUGACUCACACUCGACCACUUAGCGUCCAUCUGUACAUUCCUGUACAUUCUUGACAUAUCCUUGCCCCUGGAAUGUCGUCCUUCUUUGCUCUAAGUGUUGCAUGAAGUGUUGUAAUUGCAUCCAUGUAUUUGUAAACAUCUUUAAGAGCAUACCAAGAGCUUCUCUUGUUUUGACUCUAUUUCAUUUUCUGUGACUUGUUUUCCUUUUUCCACCUUUCUGAAAGCUUCCUCAUCUACAAACAUGAGUAAAAUUACUUUCUCUUGUGCUGGAAUAUAUAGGACUCCCGUUUGUUCAGGGUAUUGUUGCUCAUUCACAGAUGCGUUGUAUGGUUCUUCUGCUACAGUGAUGUCAUCUUGCAUAAAACCGUUCGUGCCAUCUUGUUUGUACACCUAUAAAUUCACUAUGUGGUAUAAGUUUUUUUGUUCUUUAUUUGAUGCAACGUUUUUCAGUUUUGCGCGUCCUUUGCUUACAAGAGAAACAACUUCGUAUGGGCCUAUGUAUUUUGCUUCUAUUUUUCCUCCCUUUCAGUGAUUAUUUUUGCUGCUUUUUUAAUUGUGCUAAUGAGCCCUCAACUAUUUCAUUAUAUUCAGAUGUAUGUCUUUCAUCACAGUUCUUCUUUUGUCUGUUUUGAGCUUUAGUAAUAUUCAUAGUGAUUUUUUCUUCAGCUGCCUUUUUUCUGACAACAAUCUCUCUGUAGCUCUUUAACAGUCUCUGCUGUCUUUACCCUAGUUCCUACCGCCUCACAUGAUCCAGUAUCUAGGUAGAUUGGAAGCAUGGGAUCUCUCCUAGAUAUGGCAGUGAAAGGGGUGACAGCGCUGGCAUGGACCGAAAUACGAUAUCCAAAUAGCAUUCUCUUUAUGUGCAUAUCCCAGUCGUUUUGUUUUUCAUAAACACGUUCGAUAUAUAGAGUUUUUUUGAGGGUUUGAUUAAAUCUCCUGCAAUCCAUUUGUUUGCGGAUGAUAGGCUAAAGCAAUUCUGUGAUCUAUCUAUAACUUGGCAAAUGUGAUGUCAUUCAGUUCGUUGACAAAUUCUCUCCCUUGGUUGGUGAUCAAUGUUUCUAUACAGCCAAAUUCACAUAUGAUAUCUAAAAAGAACUGUGCAAAUUCUGCUGCAGAUUUGUGUUUUAAAGGUGAAGCAACUGGAAAAUUUUGUAAAGUAAUCCCACGCUCUUGAAUCUUCCGAGUUUUCCACCAUCUGGCUACAACUACAAAGUCACUCUCAAACAAAAUUUAUAUCUCUCACCUAACUCCUUUGACUAUAAGAAGUUUUUCGACUACUUAACUUCCAAAGUGCAGCACAUUCUGACUCUCUUUCCUUUUGCAGAGAUCUCCAUUCUUGGAGACUUCAAUGUUUACCACCAGCUUUGACUUUCCUCUCCCUUCACUGACCAUCCUGUGUGAACUAGCCUUCAACUUUGCUAUCCUCCACGACCUAGAGCAAUUGGUGCAACAUCUUACUCAUAUUCCUGACUGUCUUCGAGAUACACCGAACAUUCUUCACCUUUUCCUGACCUCUAAUCCUUCUGCUUAUGCUGUCACCCUCUCUUCUCCGUUGGGCUCCUCUAACCACAAUCUCAUAUCUGUAUUUUGUCCCAUCACUCCAAUCGCUCCUCAGGGUCCCCCUAACCUAAGGUGCUUCUGGCAUUUUGCCUCUGCUAGUUGGGGGGACCUGAGGAGGUAUUUUGCUGAUUUUCCUUGGAAUGACUACUGCUUCUGUGUCAGAGACCCGUCUUUACUUGCUGAGCGCAUAACAGAGUUGAUAGUGUCUGGCAUGGAGGCGUACAUUUCUCGCUCUUUUUCUCGACCUAAACCUUCCAAACCUUGGUUUAACACAGCUUGCUUUCAUGCUAUACAUGAUAGAGAGGUGGCCCACAAAAAGUAUUUAAGCCUUCCAUCACCAGAAUCUCAUGCACUUUAUAUUUCUGCCCAGAACCAUGCCAAGUCUGUUCGCCAACUAGCCAAAAACUCCUUCAUUAACAGAAAGUGUCAAAAUCUUUCAAGAUCUAGCUCCCCUCGUGACUUCUGGCACCUAGCCAAAAAUAUCUCCAAUAACUUUGCUUCUUCUUCUUUCCCUCCUUUAUUUCAACCAGAUUGCAGCACUGCUAUCACAUCUAUUUCUAAAGCUGAACUUUUCGCUCAAACCUUCGCUAAAAACUCUACCUUGGACGAUUCUGGGCUCGUUCCUCUCUUUCCUCCACUCUCUGACUACUUCAUGCUACCUAUUAAAAUUCUUCGCAAUGAUGUUUUCCAUGCCAUCGCUGGCCUAAAUCCUUGGAAAGCUUAUGGACCUGAUGGGGUCCCUCCUAUUGUUCUCCUAAACUGUGCCUCCGUGCUUGCACCUUGCCUAGUCAAACUCUUUCAGCUCUGUCUGUCAACAUCUACAUUUCCUUCUUGCUGGAAGUUUGCCUACAUUCAGCCUGUUCCUAAAAAUGGUGACCAUUCUAAUCCUCAAACUACCAUCCCAUUGCUUUAAUUUCCUGCCCAUCUAAAGUUUUUGAAUCUAUCCUCAACAGGAAGAUUCUUAAACAUCUAUCACUUCACAACCUUCUAUCUGAUCGCCAUUAUGGGUUCUGUCAAGGCCGCUCUACUGGUGAUCUUCUGGCUUUCCUUACUGAGUCUUGGUCAUCCUCUUUUAGAGAAUUUGAUGAAACUUUUGCUGUUGCCUUGGACAUAUCAAAAGCUUUUGAUAGAGUAUGGCACAAAGCUUUGAUUUCCAAACUACCCUCCUACAGCUUCUAUCCUUCUCUCUCUGUAACUUCAUCUCAAGUUUCCUUUCUGACCGUUCUAUUGCUGCUGUGGUAGACGGUCACUGUUCUUCUCCCAAAUCUAUUAAUAGUGGUGUUCCUCAGGGUUCUGUCCUGUCACCAACUCUCUUCUUAUUAUUCAUUAAUGAUCUUCUAAACCAAACUUCUUGUCCUAUCCACUCCUACGCUGAUGAUACCACCCUGCACUUUUCCACGUCUUUUCAUAGACGUCCAACCCUUCAGGAGGUAAACAUAGCACGCAGGGAAGCCACAGAACGCCUGACUUUUGAUCUUUCUAAAAUUUCUGAUUGGGGCAGAGCAAACUUGGUAUUGUUCAAUGCCUCAAAAACUCAGUUCCUCCAUCUAUCAACUCGACACAACCUUCCAGACAACUAUCCCCUCUUCUUCAAUGACACUCAGCUGUCCCCCUCUUCUACACUGAACAUCCUCGGUCUGUCCUUUACUUAUAAUCUGAACUGGAAACUUCACAUCUCAUCUCUAGCUAAAACAGCUUCUAUGAAGUUAGGUGUUCUGAGACGUCUCCGCCAGUUUUUCUCAUCCCCCCAGCUGCUAACUCUGUACAAGGGCCUUAUCCGUCCAUGUAUGGAGUAUGCUUCACAUGUCUGGGGGGGUUUCACUCAUACUGCUCUUCUAGACAGGGUGAAAUCAAAAGCUUUUCGUCUCAUCAACUCCUCUCCUCUAACUGACUGUCUUCAGCCUCUUUCUCACCGCCGCAAUGUUGCAUAUCUAGCUGUCUUCUACCGCUAUUUUCAUGCUAACUGCUCUUCUGAUCUUGCUAACUGCAUGCCUCCCCUCCUUCCGCGGCCUCGCUGCACAAGACUUUCUUCUUUCUCUCACCCCUAUUCUGUCCACCUCUCUAACGCAAGAGUUAACCAGUAUUCUCAAUCAUUCAUCCCUUUCUCUGGUAAACUCUGGAACUCCCUGCCUGCUUCUGUAUUUCCACCUUCCUAUGACUUGAAUUCCUUCAAGAGGGAGGUUUCAAGACACUUAUCUACCAAUUUUUGACCACUGCCUUGACCCUUUUACGGGACUGGCAUUUCAGUGGGCAU